AUUUGGACACGUGCAAUUGCCAACAAUCUAAAGGCAUACUGCCCCAAGAGGACGAAGUUUCACAAUCAUCGCAGCCUGCAGAGUCUACUUCAUGGAGUCCUAAUGACGAAACCAUCGGCACGACACUUAGACGCCAUGCAAAUCCAGGCGCGCGAUGCGUCGUCACCUAUCGUCAUGGCCCAAAUAAUCGUUAUUCGGCUCAAAUUACCGAUAUGGAGAAACAAAUACAACCUAUCCAGAGCAAUAUCGGCUGGGAUAUCAGUGUGGUGGAACAAACUCGACAAUCGCCGGGACUCACACUCGACAUACCCUUCUUAAAGCCACCAGCGCUAUCCAAAUAUAACGAGACAAUUGUAUUAUUCCACUUGAAGUUCGACCUCUUAUACCAGCCGAGUAGUAACGCAGUACUCCUAUUCAACAAAUCUCGUGAGGAAGUAUAUGUCGAUUCAAUGCCGAGCUCUACGAGAGAGCAUAUACUUCCGGCGCAAUCUUUCUGCGAGCUCCGUCUCGGCACUUGGAAAUUUUCCAUACUUUUACGAUCAGCCGAAGCCGAAGCUGAACAGGCGUUCUUAUAUCUAACAACUUUGCCCAGAACAUCAGCUGCUACAAUGCAUAGCACAAUGAUUGCUGGUUUGAAGCGGUCUGCCGAUGAACUUAAUGACAGUCAACUUGUUACUACUUCUGGCUCGAUGGACCGCUUAGGGCCGCGCAAAUCAAUAUCAACCGACCUAAUAACUCCUAUGGAAGGCCUUGCUAGCGGCGAUGUCAUGGUUGUUGAUACAUUAGAGGGUUCUUACAAGCUCCUCUGCGUGAAGGUUAUGGUGCAGCGAGGAACGACCAAAGUCAUGCGAUGUCGGCAUUCCAAACGUCAAGGAUUCCAAGUUGCUAAAUUCCCCAUCACCCCGAAUCCCUCGCCAUCAUCAAUAAGAAGAGCCGCUCUAAGUUGGCUUCACGAGAGGCAAAUUAUGAGACGAUUGGAUCAUGAAAACAUUAUGAAACUGCUGGAAUGGGACGCUGAGUAUUUUCUUCUUAUCUUUGAAUGGCUUCAAAGCGAUCUCAGACAAGGUGACUGGGCCAAGUACAACGAGCCAGAGCAACUGUUAUUGCUCCGUGGCAUAGCCCAAGGCCUCUCGUACCUUCACAAAGAAGGUAUCAUUCAUAAUGAUAUCAAGCCAGAAAACGUUUGCUAUUCAGCACGGACUAGAAACGUCAAAAUUAUUGAUUUUGGCCUCGCGUCCCGAUAUGAAGAGCGCGGCGCAGGUGGUACGCAUUGGUAUAUUCCGCGAGAAGCCCUUGAUCCGCAGAAGUAUACCCGUGGCUAUAGAGGCAAGCCGGGUGAUAUCUGGGCCUUUGGUGUCACGGCCUUGUAUAUUACAAAAGAGAUGGCGUUUCCUCGUACCCGCGAUCAUGGCUUUUGGAACAUCGGCAUGGUUGGCAAAGAAGGCAAAGACGACGAAGGAAUGCGAACGUGGAUGAAGACGCUAGACGGGGUCACAUCAUCUAUCGAGGGCAAACUUAUUGACCCUGACACGUCUGACACCCGACGAACAAUCCUCGCCAUUAUCUUGGACAUGUUUAAAGAGCGGAAUGAACGGAUCACAGCACAAGAGAUAUCAGAGAGACUGGCACAUCUGUCCGUCCAGGAACAGAGUCAGCCUCGAUCCAUAACGGCAUAGACGGAACUGACAGGAAAAUGUACAAACUUGGUGAUGAUAUACGGAGCUGGCAUAGAAGUGUACAAACUUUGUAUGAUGACAAAACGGAAGACGGAAA